GUUUAUGCAUCCACAAAUGUAAAGAGGGAGUCAUUCGAUGUCAGAGUCCAAAGGAAAGCCCCGCAAAGGCGGCAAGGUUGCUCAGGCUGCCAAACUUGACAAGCGUGAGGUCCGGCGCCAAACUGCCCAGCGGAGAGUCGGCUUAGGUGAGGAGGACUUCGCCCAGUAUAGCCAUGUCGACGCAGAAGUGAAGACUCGGAAGGACGACUCUUCCGAAUCUUCUCGCGGAGAGCCCGAAGAGAGUCAAGACGAAGAAGAUGGGAUUGCGGAGGAGGAUGUGAAAUCUUCCUGGAAGCCUUCAACCUCUUCAACAUCUGCCAGGGAGGCCACGAUUGAUAAGGAAGAAGACGAAGAAAUCAAGGACAUCAAAAGAGGCAUUCGUGCUCAGCUGUUGAGCUGGGCCAAAGAUCCUGGAAUGCCCUUGGAGGAGCAAAAGCGAAUGGUACGACAACUCCUUGCGCAGUGGCAUCCGGACAAGAACCGGCACAUUGGACCAACAGCUACACGAAUCUUCCAGUUCAUACAAGAGGAGGUUGAAAGGAUUGUGUCGCAGCUGGAAGCAGAGUCUGAUCUAGUGGCGAAAAAAGCCAUGGAAGCGCAAGAGCGGAAGGCCCAGCGUUUUGCUGAACGCUCUGCGAAAACAUCCGCUUUGGAGGCAGCGCGCAAGGAGAAACGCGAAAAGCGCGGGGAGGAACCAGAACCGAAGAAAGUCCAAGAGGCUGCUGAGACGGAGGCUGAACCACAGGAGUGGUCCUUGGUGAUUGGUCAUGGCCCAGCCACCACAAGCUUCUUGCGACCCUGGCCAAGGAGCCACUUCACAAUCACUUCAAGCCACUUGCCUGACAGAGGACACGAGAUCCUGAUAUUUGGCGGCGAAGCCUAUGAUGGACGUGAACUCACAUUUUAUUCAGAUCUCUACCGCCUCGACAUGGGUUCUGUCGACACAGAUACGCCUUUGCCCUGGGAGAAGCUCUAUAGUGCAGUGCCCACCAUCCCGGGACCCGAAGCACGAUCUGCUCACCAGGCCUUUUGCUGGGAAGGGUUUCUCUACGUCUUUGGCGGAGAAUGGUCAAGUCGAGACCAAAAGCGUUACCGUCAGUUCCGAGACCUCUGGCGGUUCGAUGCCCGGGCCAUGCCAGGGACACGCUGGGAACACCUGGAGGCUGCCGGUGCAGUGCCAGAGCAGCGCAGCGGGCAUCGUAUGGCCACUGCAGGGUCCUAUGGAGUGCUCUUUGGUGGAUUCACAGAGGACAAGAAGCGAAGGCCCACGUAUUUAGAUGACUUCUAUGCCUUGCACUUGCCGAGUCACACUUGGAGAUUGUUGCCAACAUCCAGCGACAGAAGAGCACGGCCAGUCUCACGAUCUGGUGGUUUACUCUUUGCCGCAGCUACAUCUGUCUUCAUUUACGGUGGAUCAAGACCAACCCGAAAGGGUGGUGAUUCCUUGCAGGUCUUGGAGGAUCUUUGGCGAGCGCGACUUGGUAGCGAUGGCGGCGCUCUGUGGGAGCAGCUCACUGCAGAGGGUGAGGGUCCUGGUCGACGAAGUGGUCUCUGUCAUUGUCCUCUGUUGCCAGACGAACCCCUGCGUCGGCUUGUCUUUGGUGGUGUGGCCGAUCAUCGGGUAGCAUCUAGCUCAUCCGACGGCACCAAGCGUGCAGCUGAAGUUGCUGUCUUCCAUCAAGACAUUUUCCUAUUGGACUGCACUGGCACUCCAAGAUGGACUCGUUUGUGGCCCAGACCUGGCACGCAGCCGGUUGCAGCUCCUCAGGCGGCUGUACUCCCGGAAGAUUUGCUCAUGCGUGGAGGGGGUGCAGAUGCCCAAUGCCUGGCACUAGCCGUGCACCAAGGUGCCAAAGCCAAGAGCGGCGAGGCUGCCCGGCAGGCUCCGCGUGGGCGAAUGGCGGCUGGCUGUAUGGUAGCGCAAGGAUCCUUCUGGGUCUUUGGCGGCUCUUGCGAAUCUGGCCCGAAGCAGGAGGUCACGCUGGACGACCUGUGGCGAAUACCAUUGACUCGCAAAGAUAAGGACGUCGUUGAGUGUGGCGAUCAGUGGGAGUGUGUCCUUCCUUUGAGCGAUCGCGCCACCAUUUGGUUCGAGUCAUCGGACUCUGAGGAUGAAGAUUGGGAAGAACCAGGCAGACCCCAUCCUGAUGGCACCUUAGUGGAAGUGAAGAAUCCAGGGGGCGGUGUGCUCUCAAAAAAGCAACAGAAGGAGGAAGCCAAGCGGGCUCGCAUGGAGAUCAAACGCGAGAGACAAGCAGAGAAAUGCGAGGAAAAGACUACGAAGAAGGAGUUGAAAAAGGAGCGGCAACGGCAGCAGGCAAAGCAGCAAUGAAGCCAAGCGACGUAUUUCUGGUUUCUCCGUCGCCUGCGCCUCCUUAAUGUUAGGGAGUGCAACAUACCGAAACGUCCCA